AUGGAUAUCUCCCCAUCCAAAUACUGGACAUUGCAAUCGAUCCUUAUCGUCUCACGAGCCUUUCUGCAAGAACAGAUCAAUUUGCACGGCGAUGAAGGCCACCCUCUCAACGGUGGGCUCGAAUACGAUUUAGGAGAUGAUUUGGAGAUAUUGAUCAGGAAGAUGCCUGAGGAUCCGGAUGGGCUGGACUGGUCCGAGCUGGAGGACGUCAUUGCUGGACUCUGGGAGUACAUCGUUACAGGCGUGCGGUAUCGCGCGGUGACUUUUGAUAUCCUCGACAUCGAGGACGAUUCUCAGAUCGGCUGGGGUCAUAUCGUCAAGUGGGAGAGAAAUUCGCUUUCGAACAGGACGGCCAAAAGAGGUCUGGAGAUCCCCACUCUGGCGCUGCCCUCUUCUGCAAUCUCAAUUCCUAACCAGCGCAACUCGAGCCUGCCUAACCUUGGUGGACCUGUCGACUGGCCGGUCGAGGAUAGCGACAUGACCCUCCGAUUCUCGGGCAGCGGUGGUCAUCGCUCCAUAGGGCAAGCACUGGACCCGGAGGCGGUCAGGAACCUUUUCGUUGUCAUAAUCGAAAUUGUUCAGAACGCCAUCGCGGCUAGCGGGGAGGAUGCCAUACUGGGGGGCAGUAGCUUUCGCUAUGGCAGACUGGUUGUGCUGGAAGUCAUCAAUUCGCCUCACAUGCUUACCUGGGGACAACUUGCGACGGUGGUUCUGGGACUGGUCGAUUACAUGAUUGACCACAAGCAUUGCCGUUCGAGCUAUUUCACUGUUUACGUCGGCGAUCCAAUGGUGGAGGUUGCGAUCGGUAAGAUUGCGAAAGGCUUUGCUCAGCAUAACAAUGUGACAGUAGCAAGAAGAAAUCCUGUAGACGGAGGUGGAGCGGGUUGA